AUGUGCAAGAGCGUCCUACUGCUGGGGCUGCUACGGGCUACUGGUGCCCUGUGUAGCAUUGCGACUCGAGGAGCACAUGGCAACUCGCUACAGUCGCAGACCCGAGCAACGUGGCUACUCGACACGACCGAUCCGGCGCUGUAUGUGGUCGUGAGCUGCAAGAGGGGACAGGCUGCGUGUGUGGACCAGUGUGCAGAAGUCUCGUGCGCCAGCGAUGCUGUGGGGCAUUGUCCACUGAGUCGCACGUCCCGACAGGUGGUCCGUGUGGCUGACCGCUGCGCGAGUUGUCCGCUCGGGGCACUGCGCGUGUCUCGUGCUCACGUUGAGCAGCUCUCGGGAACGAGUCCGAGCGGGCAGUGGGUUGCCGUCCGGUGGAGGUAUGUGGACUGUGCGGGCGAAGGCAGCAGCAGCAGUGUGCAGGAGACGGACGGAACGACGCGCGCUGCAUCCAGCAGUCAGACGUACACGACGUCAACGUUCGAAGAUGCAGUGAAAGAGCCGACUCGGGACGGAGUUCUCCAUUACUUGGCGUCAAGUGACGACGACGACGACGACGAUGGAGCUGCAGAGGUCGUCGACACGUCGUUUGGACCAUCACGUGUGGCUAACGACAGCGGCAGUCAAAUGGGAACGAACGGCAGCGGCAGCUACAGCGACCGCACCUUUGCUCUACCGAGCGGGUCCAGUUCAACGGCUCCUCCUGACGAUUCGUCGUCGUCGUCUUCUUCCUCCUCAUCGGACAGUGGCGCUUUGCCUCCGCCGCCGACACUGACGUUUCCUCGUACUGUAUCGACAUUCGACCGCGUAUCUUCCAGCGACGACAAUGCGAGCAGCAGCACAGCAGCUUCUUCCGGGACCGUCAAUGAGGACGCGAGCUACUCGGUCGGCACAGUGACAACGGCUGACAUUGACAGUCUCUUCAAUUCCACGUCAACGGGUAAGUCAGGUGCAACGGACCCGCUACCGACACCGACGACAGAACCCUCCGCCCACGUGCCGGACGGCGACAGUGACGACACGUCGAUGGCAACUUCUGCCGUGACGAAGAGCCCGUUCUUCUACGCGGCCAUCUUACUCGGCCUCGUGGGCCUCAUUGGCCUCGUUGUCGGCCAUCGCGCCAAGCAGAAACGAAGCGGCGGCAACGCUCGGCGAGCGUUUCAGCGGUCGGUCGGAACCGUUACCCCCACGUCCGCGUCCUGUCCGGCCCGUUUGUCCCGCACGACUCGAGCGAGCCGCCACACCAUUGCGAUUCUAUGA